AUGAUUCCGGUGGCGGAGUUCAAGCAGUUCGCGGAGCACCAGCCCGCCUUCAAGGUGCUCAAACCUUGGUGGGACGUGCUGGCCGAGUACCUCACCGUGGCUAUGCUCAUGAUCGGGGUCUUCGGCUGCACCCUCCAGGUGACACAGGACAAGAUCAUCUGUCUGCCCAGUCAUGAACCCCGGGAGAACUUAUCAGAGGCCCCGUGCCAGCAGCUGCUGCCGCGGGGUGUCUCUGAGCACGUGGGGGACCUCCGGGAGUUCAGCGGCCUCAGGAACAACCUGGACCUGCAGCAAUACAGCUUCAUUAACCAGCUUUGCUACGAGACGGCCCUCCACUGGUACGCCAAGUACUUCCCAUACCUGGUCGUCAUCCACACGCUCAACUUCAUGGUCUGCACCAGCUUCUGGUUCAAGUUCCCCAGCACCAGCUCCAAGAUCGAGCACUUCAUCUCCAUCCUGGGCAAGUGUUUCGACUCUCCGUGGACCACGCGGGCCCUAUCCGAGGUCUCCGGGGAGAACCACAAGGACCCUGCCGCCGCCGGGCGGGCAGUGGUGACCGUGGCAGCAACGGCGGCAGGACCGGGGAAGGCAGGUGAGGGUGAGAAGGAGAAGCUGCUGGCGGAGCCCGAGAAGGUGGUGAUGGAGCCGCCGGCCGCCACCCUGCUGGACAAAAAGGAGGGUGAGCAGGCCAAAGCCCUGUUUGAGAAGGUCAAGAAAUUCCGCGUGCACGUGGAAGAGGGGGACAUCCUGUACACCAUGUACAUCCGGCAGACGGUGCUCAAGGUCUGCAAGUUCUUGGCCAUCCUGGUCUACAACCUCAUCUACGUGGGGAAGAUCAGCUUCCUGGUGGCCUGUAGGGUGGAGACCUCGGAGGUCACGGGCUAUGCCAGCUUCUGCUGCAGCCACACCAAGGCCCACCUCUUCUCCAAGCUGGCUUUCUGCUACAUCUCCUUCAUGUGCGUCUACGGGAUCACCUGCUUUUACACACUCUGCUGGCUCUUCCACCGGCCCCUCAAGGAGUACUCCUUCCGGUCCGUGCGGGAGGAGACGGGCAUGGGCGACAUCCCCGACGUCAAGAACGACUUUGCCUUCAUGCUGCACCUCAUCGACCAGUACGACUCACUCUACUCCAAGCGCUUUGCUGUCUUCCUCUCCGAGGUCAGCGAGAGCCGCCUGAAGCAGCUCAACCUCAACCAUGAGUGGACGAGCGAGAAGCUGCGGCAGAAGCUGCAGCGCAACGCCUGCGGCCGGCUCGAGCUGGCCCUCUGCAUGCUCCCGGGGCUGCCCGACACGGUCUUCGAGCUCAGCGAGGUGGAGGCCCUGCGGCUGGAGGCCAUCUGUGACAUCACCUUCCCCCCAGGCCUCUCGCAGCUGGUGCACCUGCAGGAGAUCAGCCUGCUCCACUCUCCGGCCAGGCUGCCCUUCUCCUCGCAGAUCUUCCUGCGGGACCACCUGAAGGUCAUCCGGGUCAAGUGCGAGGAGCUCCGAGAGGUGCCCCUCUGGGUGUUCGGGCUGCGCAGCCUGGAGGAGCUGCACCUGGAGGGGGUCUUCCCCCAGGAGCUGGCCCGGGCAGCGACCCUCGAGAGCCUCCGGGAGCUGAAGCAGCUGAAGGUGCUGUCCCUGCGGAGCAACGCCGGCAAGGUGCCCGCCAGCGUGACCGACGUGGCCGGUCACCUGCAGCGGCUCAGCCUGCACAACGACGGGGCCCGCCUGCUGGCACUGAACAGCCUCAAGAAGCUGGCGGUGCUUCGGGAGCUGGAGCUGGUGGCCUGCGGGCUGGAGCGCAUCCCCCACGCCGUCUUCAGCCUGGGCGCACUGCAGGAACUGGACCUCAAGGACAACCACCUGCGGUCCAUCGAGGAGAUCCUCAGCUUCCAGCACUGCCGCAAGCUGGUCACACUCCGGCUGUGGCACAACCAGAUCGCCUAUGUCCCCGAGCACGUACGGAAGCUCCGGGGCCUUGAGCAGCUGUAUCUCAGUCACAACAAGCUGGAGACACUGCCCACCCAGCUCGGCAUGUGCUCUGGCCUCCGCCUGCUGGACGUCUCCCAUAACGGGCUGCACUCCCUGCCGGCCGAGCUGGGCCUCCUCCAGAACCUGCAGCACCUGGCUGUCUCCUACAACGCCCUGGAGCUUCUGCCCGAUGAGCUUUUCUUCUGCUGCAAGCUGCGGACGCUGCUCCUCGGCUACAACAACCUGAGCCAGCUCUCGCCCCAGGUUGGGGCCCUCGGGGCCCUCAGCCGCCUGGAGCUCAAGGGCAACCGGCUGGAGGCGCUGCCAGAAGAACUCGGCAACUGUGGGGGACUGAAGAAGUCGGGGCUCCUGGUGGAGGACACCCUUUACGAAGGGCUGCCGGCAGAGGUGCGGGACAGGAUGGAGAUGGAGUGA